CCAUGGUUGUGACACUGAGAACACGGCGGCGCGCGGCCGGUGAUGUGUCCUAUAAAUACCACGGCGACGCCGGGCAGCAGCGGAGCCCAACACAGUACACAAGCUCAUAUCAAUGGCUAUGGCGGUGCUGCCGCGGCGUUCCCGCCGCCCGGCGGUGGCGCACCUCGCCGUGGCGUUCUGGCUGGCGGCCAUGAUCAGCGCCUGCCACUGCCGUAGUGUCAUCCCGGACCAGGGCGGCCUGGACCCGGAUCCGAACCGCCCGUGUCGGUAUCUCCAUCCUCCGUUCUGUCGUUCGCCGUCCCGGCCCCGUCCUCCGACGCCGUUGUCCCCUUCGCCACCGCUGCCACCGGCGCCGCCGUCGCUGUCGCCACCGCCAGCCACGCCUCCUCCUCCGGCGACGACUCCGCCACCGCCGCCGCGAGGCCAUAGGCCCCCGAUUUGUGGCCAUCAUCCGCCACCCCAGCCGAGGCCGAUCAACCCACCACCGAUUCCGUUGUUGUCCCCGCCACUGCCACCGCCUCCGCCGCCGGCGGUCACCCCUCCUCCUCCGACGACUCCGCGACGCCCUAUCUUUCCGCCUUGUCAUUUCCCUUAUCGGUGUCCUCCACGGCACCGGAUCUGCCCGCCCCAAGGUUGCCCAGGCCAAGGUGGUUCUCCCUAAUGGCUAAUAUAUGCUGUAGUCACUUUGAUGUCACCAUCAUCGACGUCGUCAUCGAUCAUUGUCCAUUUGAGGUUCCAAACGGGCAAACAAAAUCAUCAUCUACUAUACUAUAUAUAUAUAUAUGUACCUAUAUUUAUAUAUUAUGCAACGUGGAAAGCCAUUAGCCCGUGAGAGACAGAGGCCUCUACUAAUAAUAAUCUCAAAAGGUCUUUGAAAGAAAGUAUCACAGAGUUGUUAUGUAUGUGUGUAUUUGAAUAAAAUUUUAUAAGAGGCUAACUAGGCUCUGUUUAGAAAGUCUCUCAGCAGUCAUCAGCUUUUGCUUCUCCAAAGUGCUCGUAAAUUAAAGCUA